GUGUUGUGGUAUGUCAGGCAGGAUGCAUUUUGGAAAAUCUUGAUAAUAAAGUAGCCGAAAUAGGUUUAAUGAUACCACUGGAUCUGGGUGCAAAAGGAUCCUGCCAUAUAGGAGGAAAUGUUGCUACAAAUGCUGGCGGCUUAAAACUAUUUCGGUAUGGAAACUUGCAUGGAAAUGUGCUUGGACUGGAAGUGGUGUUAGCUGAUGGUACAGUCCUAGACUGCAUGAGUUCCUUCAAAAAAGAUAACACAGGUUAUCAUUUGAAGAAUAUUUUCAUAGGAUCAGAAGGUACCCUGGGAUUUAUAACAAAGGUUGCCCUUCAGUGUCCACCGAGGGCCAACAGUAUUACCUUAGCAUUCUUAGGUUUACAAAAUUUUGAAAGAGUUUUGAGAACUUUCAAAAAAGCCAAACAAGACCUUGGGGAAAUUCUUUCAGCGUUUGAAGUAUUAGAUACCCCCACGAUGGAAUUUGUGAACGAGCGACUGAAAAUGAAUUCUCCAAUAGGUGAUUUUCCAUACUACCUGCUCAUAGAAACAUCAGGAAGCAAUGAAGAACACGAUAGUGAUAAACUUCACCAAUUUUUAGAAUCAUGUAUGGAAAAAGAACUGGUCUUGGAUGGAACUGUAGCUACAGAACCACACAAAAUAAAUGCAAUUUGGUCUAUAAGAGAAAAAAUUCCAGAUGUUUUCAAAGACUGUGGUUACUUGUUCUGUUACGACGUUUCUUUGCCACUAGAGAACUACUACGUGUUGGUUGAUGACAUGACACAACAUAUGGGUAAACUUGCAAAAAAAGUAUUCGGAUUUGGGCAUAUGGGCGACAGUAAUCUUCAUCUCCAAGUUGAAGUCGAUGAGUUUACAAGAGAAAUAAAGAAUCAUAUUGAACCAUUUAUUUUUGAAAGAACAAAACAACUGAAUGGUAGUAUAAGUGCAGAGCAUGGAAUGGGAUUUUUGAAAGCUAGAUAUUUGAAUCUGGCCAGGCCAUAUAAUACCGUUAAAGCAAUGGAAAAUCUUAAAAAACUAUUUGAUCCAAGUGGUAUCAUGAACCCUUAUAAAGUAUUACCUUGGUAAAUGAUAAAUAAUACAAUUUCAAUGACUACGCAAUAAACGAGGCUUUCAACAGUC